GAUGUGACCCUACAGUCACACACACAAAUAAAAGGAAACCAACUACAAAACCUCACACCCUUUACUCUCUACUCUCUAGUACUAUAUAGGUACAACAAAAGCCUCAUCAAAAUUCUCUAAAGUCUAAACUUCAUUUUCAUUCUUGUUUUCACACCCCAUCUAAUUCCUCUUCAAAUGGCUCAGCAGAAGAUUGUGUUAAAGGUGCUAACGAUGACUGAUGAUAAAACAAAGCAAAAAGCUAUAGAAGCAGCUGCAGAUAUAUAUGAUGUAAAAGAACAGAAAUUGACAGUGAUUGGUCAAAUGGACGCAGUGAAAAUUGUGAAGAAAUUGAAGAAAGUUGGAAAAGUAGAUAUUGCAUCUGUUGGUCCUGCAAAAGAAGAGAAGAAAGAAGAAAAGAAAGAAGAGAAAAAGGAAGAGAAAAAAGAAGAGAAAAAAGAAGAGAAAAAAGAAGAGAAAAAAGAAGAGAAAAAGGAAGAGAAGAAGGAAGAGAAGAAGGAAGAGAAGAAGGAAGAGAAGAAGAAAGAGGAGAAAGAGGAGAAGAAAUAAACAAAAUAAUUAUCAUCUUUUUUUCUUUUCUUUUCUUUCUUUUUUGGCAUAAUUUCAUAUAUUGAGCUGCAAAUGUCCAUACAUUUUUUUUUCUGUAAUUUCUUCUCGAAUCUGAUGUUCAAGUUCUUUUCUAAGCAUUGAUUAAUCUUCAAUUACCAGAAAAUGGGUUUUAAAUGAUGAGAAUAAUCAAAGAAAUUAAAGAAGAGUUAUUAUUAUUAU